AUGCAUUUAGAUACUAAUGAUAGCUUUGAAAGAAAUGAUGACAUUAAUUUAAAUGCAUUUGUUAAAAAAAAAGAAAAAAAAAGAAAAAGAAAUGAAAAGGAUGAAUCAGAAAGUUCAAACGAAAACAGUAACCAUAUAGAGAAGCACAAAGAAAAUAUUAUAAAAAUAAACAGCGAUUUUAUGGUAAAUGAUUCUGAAAUAUAUGAUAGAAAUUUAUUGCCUAAUAAAAAUUAUAUUAAACAAAAUGAGCUUGAAAAAGAAAGAAAUGAUAAAAUUAACUAUAAUAAAAAAAAUACAAAAUUUAUGAAAAUAAACACAAAUUUAAAUAACUAUUCUAGUGAUAUACAAAAUGAUGUAAACAUGUUAGAUUCAAGAAAAAGUAGUUCUGUCACAUUUUUUUCAAAAAAAAUAGGAACAAAUGAAAAAAAAAAUGAUAAAAAUUUAUCAAAAAGAACAGAAAUAAGUAAUAAUAGUGGAAAUGAUAGUGAUAGCUCCAAUUGGUUAGAACAUAUUAUUAGAGAUAAAGAAGAGGAAAAUGCUAAAAAAAAUGUCAAUAUUAAUUUCAAUCAAGUUCUUAUCCAAACAUCUAACAAAAAUGAUACACAAGAAUUAUAUGAUGAUGGGUUUGAAAAUAAUGUAUUUAACAUUAGUGUAUUGGAUGAUGCAGAUAUAAAAAGUUUUUAUGGAACUACUGGGAAAAUAAUAAAAUUGAGAAUACGUAAUUUUUUAAAUCAUGAAAAUUUAGAAUUAUCUUUUAAUUGUUAUAAAAAUAUAAUUAUUGGAAAAAAUGGAAAAGGUAAAAGUGCAAUAGCUCAAGCUAUAGCUGUUGGGUUAGGUAGCCAAGGGAAAAAUGCAGGUCGAGAUGCGAGUAUAGCUAAUUACAUAAAAGAUUAUGAUAAAAAUAAAAAAAAUUUAAUUUGUCAUAUUGAAAUAUUUUUGUCAAAUUCUGGUAUUAAUUCAUUUAAAAGACAUAUAUAUGGAGAUAUACUAGUAGUGAAAAGAGUUAUAUCUUCUCAUAGUAGUAAAUUUUAUAUUUAUGGACUUAACAAUUGUAAUCGAAAAUCUGGUUUAAUGUAUCCAAUUUUUAGUGACACAUCAAAACGGGUUCAUUCGAUUCAUAAUACAUUAGAUAAUCCGUUUAAUUGUGAAUCUACAUCUAAUUUAGAUGCAAGUUACCAAUCAGUAGGUCAAAGAAGAGAACAAAAUAGGGAAUCUAUAUUUAAACAAGCGCAAAAACGAGGGUAUAUAGAAAACUAUCUCAAUGUAAUAAAAUUGAAUAUAAAAAGUCCAUGUGUAUAUUUAGAUCAAGAAAAAGGUAAAAUGUUUUUUAGUAAUAUUAGUGAAAAAGGAUUAUAUAAAUUUUUUAUGACAUCUGUUGGUUUAGAUGCUGUAGAAGAAGAAAUUGAAAAAGAAACUAACCAAUUGGAAGAAUGUGAAAAACAGAUAAAACAAAAAGAAAUAUUAUUAUCACCACAAGUAGAAGAAUUAAAUAAUAUGAAAAAAAGAAAUGAUUUAUUAUGUUAUGAAUUUAAAAAGUUAAAAAAAUAUGACAAUUGUUAUAAGGUUUUUGUAUUUUAUGAAUUGCUAAAAAGCACUAUAAUUUUUUUUAAUGAAUAUUUAAAAUCUGAAAAUUUAAAAAAUGAAAAAGUGAUAAAUAAUAUAGAAAACAAAAUGUGUAAUAUUGUUAAGAAAAAUGAAAGCAUUAAAGAGGAACUAAAUAAAUUGAUAAAUAUGAAUAAUAAAAUAUACAAUUUAGUUUCAAAAAAUAUGACAAAAAUAAACAAAUAUACUAGUAUGCUAAAUGAAUUAAAAGAUUUAAAAAGUAGUUAUAUAAAACAAAAAGAAUACAUAGUAACUGAUUUAAGCAUAUUGAAUAAAAGAAAAGAAAAUAAAAAUUUAAUAAAAGAGCAUUUAAAUAAAUAUGAACAUCAAAUGAAUUCAUUAAAUGAAAAAAUGACAAAUGAAAAAAAAAAAGAAAAGGAUUUACAAUUAGAAAUCAAUCAAAAAGAAAAUCAAAUUUACGAUUUAGAAUAUUCUAUACAAAAAAUACAAAAUCAAAUUCAAGAAAUAGAUAAACAAAUAGAUAUAAUUACUAACCAAGCUACAGAAAUACAAAAAAUUAAAAACAUUCAUAUUAAAAAAAAAAUGUAUAUAUAUGGUUAUGAUAUAUAUUCAAUACGGAAUAAUAUAAAACAUACAUAUAAAAUCCUGAACAAAUCUGAAAGGGAAUAUUUCCCAAUUCCAGAUGAAUGGAAAUUAACAAAUCAAACAUCUACAAAUUUUGGUAAAUAUGAAAAUAAAAAUGAAAAUAUAUUUAAAUAUGAACCCAUUGGACCUAUUGGAGAAUAUAUAAAAAUUAAUGAUCGAUAUAAAAAUGAUAAAAUUUUUUCUAUAAUUGAAAAACAUCUUGGUGAUAUAUUUUAUUCUUGGCUAGUCAGUUGUUAUGAAGAUAAAAAUAAUUUGAUAAAAGCUAGCAAUUUUGGAAAAAACAAUAUUGGAAAAUUAAAUAUAAUAGUUACAAAUUCAUUUAAUCAUAUAACUCGUGAAAUUUUAUUACAAAAUAUAAAUUUUUUUCUAAAAAAAAUUAAUGGAAAUACAAUAUAUUCAUAUUUAAAUAUAGAUUUACUUCCAACAUCUUUAUUAUUUUAUCUUUAUGAUAAUUUUAAAAUUGCACAAACUUUAAUUUGCAACGAUUCAAAUCAAUUACAAGAAAUAUUAAAUACUAAUGAUAAAAGAAAUAUUAAAUCGAUUUAUGUUGUUAAUGAAUAUGUUUUAGUUAAAGUUAUGUCAAAUGGUGGAUUGCAUUAUCAGCCAUUCAAAGAAGAAAAUUAUAAAACUCCAAUUUUUUUAAAUUUCGAAAAAAAUGAAAAUGAUUUUUCAUAUAAUAAGGAAAACAAUCAAAAUAGUAAUGACUUAAAUAAUAAAGAAAAGGGAGAUAGUAAUAGUGGGCUCACAAAAGAAGAACAAUUAAAAGACUUAAAAGCUGAAAAAAUGAAAAAAAAAGACGAAAUUGUUUUUACAUCUAAAAAAAUAUUAUCUUAUAAAAAUGUACUAGAAAAAUUAAAUGAAUCUAUAAAAAAGUGUAAACUUUCACAAGACGAAUUAAGUUAUCAACUCAAAAAUGUUGAUGAACUUAUACAAAAUCAUGAUAAAAUAUUUUCUGAACAAUUAGAUGCCAAAAUUAAUGAAAUAGAAGAAAAUACAAAUGAAAUUAAUGAAUACAUAAAUAUAAUUGAAAAUAAAAAAAAAAAUGCAGAAAAAUUGACAUUUUUUCAUAAAUAUUUUAUGUCUACACAUAUAGACUAUUUAAAAAAAAAAAAAAAAAAAUUCAACAAUAUGAUAGAAGAAUAUGAUAGUUUAAAUGAAAUAUUAAUUAAGUUAGAAAAAGAUAAAUUAAAAAAUGACGAAAUCUGUAUAAAAAAUAAACAAAAAUUCUUAGCAUCUUUGAAUAAAUUGCAUUCUAUAUAUUUUGAAACAUUAAAUAAAGAUGGUUUUCUUGAUAAAAUUUUUUUAAAAAACCCAUUUUUGGUAUUAAAAGAGAGAUCUACAAAUGUGGAAAUAGAAAAUGUAGUUAUAGAAAAAAAAAUAGACAAUCAAAAUGUUGGUGAGUUAAAAAAAAAAACAGAGAAAAAUAGUAUAGAUAAGAAGGAUAAGGAUUCUGAAUUAUCAUCAUCAGAAAGUGAAAAAAUUGGUAAUAAUAACUAUGAAAAUGCAUAUAUUGAUAUGCGAUUUAUAAUAAAUAAUUUUACAAGAAAUGAAUUUGAAAAGGAAUCAUUAUCUACCCCUAUCCCACUAUCUUGUCUAAGCUCAUUCAAUAAAAUGUUUAUUAUUUCUAAAGAUUGUGAAAAUAACAUAGAUAUUGGAAAUAAAUGUAACGAAAAUUCGAAGGAAAUAAAUGAAAAUAUGUAUAAUAUUAAUGAUAAAGAUAAAGAAGGUGAAAUACCAUAUAUAAUAAAUUUAGAAAAAUAUGUUAACGAAAUUUUAAAUAAUAUAAUAAAAUCCGAUCAAGGAAAUGAAGAAUCGAGAAAAAAUGAAAGAGAAGAAGAAAUGAAUGACUUGUGGAAUGAUAAUAAAAUAAAUAUAGAAGGAAAAAAAUAUUCAGAUAUUUUAUGGAAAAAAAGAUGUGAAAAAAAAAUGGAAAUAACUGAAAUACUUAAAACAUAUGGAUUUAAUAAUAAUGAAUCAACAGAUAAUUCAAUGAAUAUUUUUUUUAAUAAUUUAAUAGAUCAAUAUUCAAAUGAAGAAAAAUGUUAUAAUAUUCAAAUGAGGCAAAUAUCUGAUUUAAAAAAAAAUUAUGAUAUGCAUUUAUCUAAUAUUAAACUUAGAAAAGUUAAAUAUUCUAAUGUUUUAAAUAAAACAAAAGAACAGGUUACUAGCCAUUUUAUAACCAUAUUAAAAAGUAUGAAUAAUUAUAAAGGCAAAAUCGAAUUCGAUGAUUUUAAAAAAAUAAUAAAAGUUAUGAUAUCAAUAAAUCAAGAUUCAUCUAAUAAUACUUUUAUGGAAAUUUCUUCUUUAUCGGGCGGAGAACGAUCUACUAUACAAAUGGCCCUUUUGGCUUCUAUGUCGCUAACUGAAAGUUCAUCAUUUCAUAUGUUUGACGAGCUUGAUGUAUAUAUGGAUGAGCUUACUCGCGUUAAGAACAUGCAACAAUUCUGCAAAUUCAUUGAUAGCAAUGGCAAUAAACAAUAUUUCUUCAUAACACCUCACAUAGAAAUAACAGAACUCUUUUGGGAGGAGGCAAAGGAAAAAAAAGCUAAAAUCUUUAGUUUGUCAUAA